UACUUAACCAUGGUAUACCAAAGCUUGGUUAAGACAAAUCUCUAACCGUGCUUAAAACACAUAAUCCUUCCUUAAUCUUCAUGUCCUAGUUUCAGUCUGACGAAGAUCCACUUUCCACUUUGGAUCAGUUAUAUAACCAUAUUUAUAUUUAUUACAUUCUCCAAUCAUAUUCUAACUAACCUUGAAUCUUCUUUUGAUACCCCCGUUUAAAUUCAUGGGAAGUGAUCAAGUUUGAAUCUCUAAAGUGCUAAGUGAUUUCUGAACGUGUAGUAUAUGUGUAUGAAUAUAUUAUGAGAUUGAGUCAAACUUGUAGAAGAUGGUGAUUAUGGCUAGUGGGUGGUGUUUAGAUCCAGCCCAUAUUGAGGUUGUUUAAUGGAUGGGGAUUAGAUAUAGAAGCUCAAGAUUAUUGUUGAAAUUAAGGCCUCUUUUUCCAGCUAAUCAAAUGGCUUACAUCAAAGCAAGAAAGAUUUUCGGGAUUUCUCUUUCAUUAAUAAUCAUCAACCUAGCGGCUAUAAUGGAGCGUUCUGAUGAGAAUCUCCUGCCAGCCGUUUACAAGGAAGUCAGUGAGACUUUCGGCGCUGGGCCAUCUGAUCUAGGCUACCUUACAUUCAUAAGAAACUUCGUUCAAGGCCUUGCAUCACCAUUGGCUGGUAUAUUAGUCAUAAACUAUGAUCGGCCAGCAGUACUUGCCAGCGGGACUCUUUGCUGGGCAUUGUCAACAGCUGCAGUGGGUUCAAGUCAAUAUUUUCGACAAAUCGCUUUCUGGCGUGCUGUGAAUGGCUUUGGACUCGCAAUUGUGAUACCUGCGCUCCAGUCUUUUAUAGCGGAUAGUUAUAUGGAUGGUGUGAGAGGGGCUGGAUUUGGUUUUCUAAACCUUGUUGGCACAGUAGGUGGCAUAGGAGGUGGAGUUCUUGCCACUGUAAUGGCCGGACAUGAAUUCUUGGGUGUUCCUGGAUGGCGUUGCGCCUUCAUUAUGAUGGCUUCUUUGAGCGCCUUAAUUGGAAUCCUUGUUUUCUUAUUUGUUGUUGAUCCAAGAAAAACAUCUACUAACAAUACUACCGGGGAAAGUUCUGAUAGGGAUGCUUUGGUAGAAAGGGGAACUACUACCCCCACAUCAGUAUGGCUCGAAUCCUGGACAGCAACAAAAGCUGUUCUUAAAGUGCAAACAUUUCAGAUCAUUGUGUUGCAAGGUCUUGUUGGUUCACUGCCGUGGACAGCAAUGGUGUUUUUCACAUUGUGGUUUCAACUAAUUGGUUUUGACCACAACAGUGCGGCAACUCUCCUCAGUCUUUUCGCAGCUGGAUGUGCUAUAGGAUCUUUCAUGGGUGGUAUAAUUGCAGACCGAAUGACACAAAAAUUCCCUCAUUCAGGACGCAUAAUGUGCGCGCAAUUUAGUGCAGGCAUGGGCAUACCAUUCACCUGGUUUCUUCUUCGAGUGGUUCCCCAGUCGGUUAGCAGCUACUACCUAUUUGCUGUGACACUUCUCCUAAUGGGCCUUACUAUAAGCUGGAAUGCUACUGCAGCCAAUGGCCCUAUGUUUGCUGAGGUGGUCCCUGCCAAGCAUAGAACUAUGAUCUAUGCAUUUGAUCGGGCUUUUGAAGGAUCUUUCUCUUCUUUUGCUGCUCCAAUUGUAGGAAUUCUUGCAGAGCAGAUAUAUGGUUACAAUCCAAAGUCUGUUGACCCGAAAACAGGGUCCAUACCAGAGGCCAUUGCACUGUCAAAAGGCCUCUUCUCGAUGAUGGCAGUUCCCUUUGGCUUGUGCUGCCUGUUCUACACACCCUUGUAUUGGUUCUUCAGAAGGGACCGAGAGGCUGCUAGGUUAGCCAGUAUGAAAGAGCUAGAGAUGAUUUAGAACUCUUCAUUUUCUUUGUAAGUAAUGAAAAACAGCACUAUUUCUCAAAGAAAUGAUUCCAGACUUUUAACUUUCAAGUAUCUUAUUAUUCA